GAGGGAGAGAAGGAUUGUCUCCAUCAUGUCUUACUAUGAGCAUAUCUUCGUGGACUACGAAUACAAUGAUACAGGCUCGGGCUCGGGUUCUGGGGACCUGGGCGUGGAUUUUGAGGAGCCGUGUAACACAGAGCAGCUGGUGACCCCUGACCUUACCCAGGUCUUCCUUCCUGUGGUCUAUGCACUCAUCUUCAUCCUGGGCAUCACUGGCAAUGGCCUUGUCGUUAUUGUGCUGGGCUUCCAGCGCAGGUCAAAAUGCAGUCUCACAGACCGGUAUCGACUCCACCUCUCUGCUGCCGAUCUGCUGUUUGUGCUGGCACUGCCAUUCUGGGCUGUGGAUGCAGCGCUGUCUAACUGGCAUUUUGGCGCAGCCACAUGCGUGGGUGUGCAUGUGAUCUACACGGUCAACCUGUAUGGCAGCGUGCUCAUCCUGGCCUUCAUCAGCCUGGACCGCUAUCUGGCAGUGGUCCGAGCCACAGAUACCAGCACCACAGGCCUGAGACAGCUCCUGGCCCGGAGAUUGGUUUAUAUGGGUGCUUGGUUGCCGGCGGGUCUGCUGGCUGUGCCAGACUUGAUAUUUGCCCGAACUGAGGAGCGAGGAGAAGGGGUGACUGUGUGCCAGCGGUUCUACCCAGUAAAGAACGCUCCGCUCUGGGUGGCGGUUUUUAACCUCCAGCUGGUUCUGGUUGGUCUGGUGAUCCCAGGUGUAGUUCUUUUGGUUUGUUACUGUGUGAUUGUCACCAGGCUGACCCGUGGCCCACUGGGUGGCCAGAGGCAGAAACGGCGAGCCGUUAGGACCACUGUGGCGUUGGUUCUCUGCUUCUUUGUGUGCUGGCUCCCCUAUGGGGUGGGCAUCUCUGUGGAUGCCCUACUGCGCCUGGAGGUGUUGCCCGGAGGUUGCAGCCUGAAGGCAGGCCUGGAAGUGUGGCUUGCAGUGGCAGAGCCGAUGGCCUUCGCUCACUGUUGCCUGAAUCCACUGCUUUACGCUUUCCUGGGGGCAGGGUUCAAGAGCUCUGCCCGCAGAGCUUUAACGCUAAGCCGCGCCUCAAGUUUGAAGAUACUACCCAGAAGGCGUGCUGGAGCCUCCACAACCACAGAAUCAGAGUCAUCCAGUUUACAUUCUAGCUAACAGUGUCUGUGCAUGUAUAUGUGUAUGUGUGUGUGUGUGUGUGUGUGUGUGUGUGUGUGUGUGUAUACAUGUGUUUUUGCACAUGGGUUGAUGUACGAGUAUAUGUGUAAGAAUGUUUAUACACGAAGAGUCCAAGAGAGUAAGGAGCAGUCUGCUGGCCCAUGACUUACCCUCUCCCUUGUGACGGAGUUUCUCAUGUAAAUACUGUAUCUAGAAUGCUUCACAGUGCCGCUUUCCUUGUCUAUUUUGAAAGUGUUUGUAAUAAAAUUUGAA